GAUGUUAAAACAAGAAAAAUGUUAGCAAUGAAAAAGGCACAUAUGCAGAAAGCAGACGUUGAAAGGCUAUACCUACCGGUAACAGAAGGAGGAAGAGGGCUUAUAAAUGUAGAGUUCAUGUAUAAGUCACAGAUAGUGAAAUAUAAACAAUAUUUAAAUGAAGAAAGCGAUUACCUUAUUAAAGCAAUAGUACAACACGAUACACAUAGGGAUAAAUACUCAAUAAUGAAGGAAGCACAAGAGAUAGAAAGAGAGUUACAUUUACAACAAAAAAAUAUACAUACGAAUAAAGAGAUUAAGGACGCAAUAAUAAAAAGACACAAUGAAGCAUGGCGAAGUAAACAGUUACAUGGCCAAUUUCCUAAGAAAGUACUAGAUCAGGCUAAUUUAUACAAGGAACUUUCAUUUAAGUGGAUGAAAAGGCAACAGAUAUCUCCAAGCAUUGAGGCCUCAAUAUUUGCCAUACAGGAUCAAGCCGUCAUGACGCGACAACAUCAACGCGACAUACUAAAAGAACCAGUAGAUGGAAAAUGUCGCCUAUGUGCAACCAAAGAUGAAACCACGCAGCACAUUAUUUCAGGGUGUGAAAAAUUGGCAGGGACCUAUUAUGUCAAAAGGCAUAAUAAUCUUGUACAAUACGUCUACUGGUGUCUGGCCAAAAAACACAAUUUUGAAGUCUCCAACCUGUGGUGGAAAGAAAUUCUCACCCAACCGCAAGUUAUAGAAAACGCAACCGCAAAAAUCUUAUGGGAAAUGCCAGUUCAAACUGAUGUCACCGUAACUCAUAACAGACCCGAUUUAAUUUACAUAGAUAAAAAUAAAAACCGAACAUUUUUAAUAGAUAUAACAGUUCCAUCAGAUUAUAAUAUAGGGCCUAAAGAAAUAGAGAAGUUAAGUAAGUACCAUCUUUUAAAAGCCGAAGUCAGUCGUUUGUGGAAUACACAAGCGACAGUAAUUCCAAUUGUAAUAGGUGCGACGGGUGUAGUAGCUAGGAGCAUUAGAAAAUAUAUAGAUAUAUUAGAUACCAACAUCGACAUAAGUAUUCUUCAAAAACAAGCAGCAAUACACACUUCAAUUAUAAUAUCCAAAGUGCUAGGAGAUACUGUUUUUGUUCACAACACACAGCCGGAACAACAUACGCUACGUGAUAAUAUCGCAAAUUAAGAAUAUGUA